UGAAUAGCUUUUAUUUGAAAUUUCUCGUCUAACUUUCCUUGGCAGAAAAGUCACAGCUACCACCAGAGUGUUAUGUUUGUCCUAUUCAAUCUACCUGUGUGAUCAAAAAGUCAACAAAACGAUUGAAGUCGUUCCACCUCCUGUUCGUACACACAGUUAAAUACACUCCUGCUAUCAGCAGACCUUUUUCAGGGCGUGAGCUGGCAAAGUAAACACGAAACAAUCCUCAGAAACUAUCAUCAUUUCCACUUCUCAAGCCCUGCUCGUCUGUGGGACUGCAUGAAACCUGGUGACAUCUUUUUCCCUCAAGAGGUUUUAUUUAAAGAAUUUGAUGGAAAGAAGAGUCAUGGCUUUAAGGACGAUGAUGAAAGAGCGUUGUCUGAGGAAGGAGGACCUGGACCCCCAGAAGUGGAUGCGAAAGGAGACCRUCAGGGGGUUUACUGACUUUAUACUCAACAAAAACACUGAGGAAGAGGCCGACAGCAGCUAUGACAACAAAGAAAUGUUACUUGAGACGGAAAAGCAGUUUAUGGAGGCAGCAAAGAAGAAUGAUGUGGAGACCAUGAAGCUCCUUGGAAAGAGUCUUAAUGUCAAUGCGAGGAAUUUGCAUCACAGGACAGCCCUUCACUUCGCCGUAGCUGGCAAAAACAACGAUGCCGUUCAGUUUCUUCUACAGCGCCGGGCCAAGGUAGACCAAAAGGACAAGUAUGGCGUGGCACCUAUUCACCUGGCUGCAUGGUUUGGGGGUUUGGAGAUCCUGAAACUAUUGGUGCAAGCGGGAGCUGAACAGAAGGUUGAAAACGAGGAUGGGCUGAACAUCAUGCACUGCRCUGCCAUGAACAACCACACAGAAGUCAUAGAGUAUAUUAUAAAUGAUCUGCAGAUGAAAGAGUUGGACAAAGAUGAUCAGGCAGGACACCGGCCCUUUGCACGGGCAGCAGAACACGGGUGUGUUGAAAUGUUACAGAUACUGAUGGAGUCCUACAACAUGGCCACCAUGAAGCCCAAUCAGAGAGGGGACACGCCCCUGCACUUAGCGGCCAGGAACGGCCACUUGGACGCCGUUCAACUGCUGCUGCAGGGCUUCGAUACUCGGGACGAAGUCAACGCGGACAGUGAGACAGCUUUGUACCAGGCUGCAGACACCGGUCAGGAAGAAUGUGUCCUGGCCCUGCUGGAGGCUGGCUGUGACCCCAACCUUCUCACAGAGGCCAAAAGCAGCGCUCUCCAUCAGGCCUCUGAAAGAGGCCACACUCCUCUUGUCCAGCUCCUGUUAGAGUACCACGCCCAUCCAGACAUUCAAAAUCAGCACCUAGAGGCACCACUCCACCUGGCAGUGAGGAAAAGUCACUUACCUGUUAUCCAUUCUCUUCUAGUAGCAGGCUGCAACAUCAAUAUCACUGACAAGAGGUCCCAGACUGCUUUGCACCUUGCGGCAGAGUUCGCCAGGACUGAAGUGGUGGAGAUGCUUCUUAAAGCGGGUGUAGAUCUAACGCUGCGAGACAGACAGGGAAAGACGGCACUGGGUGUGGCAGCCAGAGCGAAUGAGGUGAUAAUUGCGGACAUGAUCAUCAAAGCAGAAAGAUACUACACGUGGAGGCAGGCCAACCCAGAGCUUAAUGAAAGUGUUUGGAGCGAGCGUCCGCUAACGUUUAAACUCGACCACCGCCGUGAGACCAAGCAGCUCCGCUCGAUUGCCUGGCGUCUGGCGUACGAGCAGAUGAAAGCAGGGGACUGGAAACGACUGGCAGAGCACUGGGGCUUCACCAAGGAGCAGGUUUCUGCUAUAGAGGAGCAGUGGACAGGUCAGCACAGCUAUAAAGAGCACGGCAAUAGGAUGCUGCUGAUCUGGCUGCACGGAGAGGAGCUGGCUCAGAGGAAUCCUGCUAAAGAACUCUAUCAGGGCCUCGUGCUCACCGGGAACGGGAAAGCAGCAGAUAAAAUCCGGACAGAGGCAGAGAACACCAGCAGCAAGAGUUGUUGUGUUUCCUGAAGAAGAGCCGUUCCUUGUAUAGAUUAAAAGUUAAGUUUAAACUGUUCCAAGGAUUUAUAAAAGAAAAGUCAUAAAAUAAUUUAUUAAAAAAAAAGCAUCCUGCAUCAGAUCAUUAGAAGAUGGCUUUGGUCUGUAAACAACCAACAGUUCUGGAUUAUUUCCACAACAUAAAUUUACACACACAUAGUUUUAAUUGUGCAUAAUUCAAAGUAAAACCUAAUGUGCAAAAAAAAUAAAUCAUUUAUAGCUGUCAAGUCAGUAAAUAAUGAAAAUUGUGAACUACUUUCCUGAGAAAACGCAUACUGUGUUCAUGACAAAGAUGCAAAAAACAAGUGGAAAUGAAUGUUUUUGUUAUCAAGUUCUCACAUUAUAAUAAAAAUUCUGUACAUUUUUGCAUAGAAUAAACUAAAUCCUUCAUUUAAA